AUGGUUGCAAAGAUAGACCAGUUGCCCCAGGAAAUUUUAUCGAAUAUUCUAUCGAGGCUACCUUCGAGAGAAUUGUUGAAUUGUAAGUACGUUUCAAAAUCAUGGUUUAAUCUUAUAAUUCAUCCAGGUUUUGUAAAUCAAUAUUAUGUUUUCCACAAUAGUUUUAUGUAUUCUCAAAAACAACACCAGCGUCUUUGGGUUAUUCGUACACUCUUCAAUCAUUCUGGCGUCGAAAUUCAUUUUCCCCUUAUGUUUUGGAAUUUCGAUGAACCAAAAAACAAUGUAUUAACUUCUCCUUUAAACCUUCCUAGUGUUUACAUACGAGAUGAAACUUUUUGGAACGAAAUAUUUGGUCCUUGUAAUGGCCUUUACUAUUUACAAGGCUUUCCAAACAAUAUAUUAAUAAACCCUUCCCUAAAGCAAUGUAUUGUCUUGUCUUCACCUCAAUUUUCUUUAACGUCAGAAAGAGCUUAUCUUAAGUUUGAAUUUGCUGGAUUUGGAUUUGAUCCCAAAACUAAUGACUAUAAAAUCCUUCUCUUAAAAGAUGUUUGGUUGAAAAAAGCAAAUGGUGAAAGAGAAAAAGGAUAUUGGAUUGCUUUCUUAUACAGUCUUAAUUCCCACUCUUGGAGAGAGUUGAAUGCGGAAGAUCUUCCUCUUCCAUUUGAAAUUUCCCGCGAGUCUUCCGCGGUUUAUACUUUUAUGAACAGUUGUUGUCAUUGGUUGAGUUAUGUUGAUAAGGAUGGUGGCGGAAUAGAAGAUUUUGUUUUAGCAUUCAACAUGGUUGAUGAAACAUUUAGGAAGAUAAAAGUUCCCAAAAUAGAAGGAAUAGGAAUAGAUAAAUGUUUUGAUGUUUGGAUGAUGAAAAAUUAUUGGGAUGCAGAGUCUUGGAUUAAGCUAUAUAGUGCUGGACCAGUGCCUAUGGUUUCAAAGUUUGUUGGAUUUUAUGGGAUCAAUGGAUUUCUUUGGAAAGACAAUGAUGAAAGAUUGAUAUUGUAUGACUCCGACAAUGACAAAAUGAUGGAUCUUCAAGUUUACGGAAACGGCAAAUCAAUAAGAGUUGUUAGGUAUAUGGAAAGUAUUGUAUCACUCCCGAAGAUUGAUUCAUUUAAGUACUUGAUCAUAAGGACUAAUUUGGCAGGUGUAAUAAACAACAUUUGGUAG